AUGGACUUCACCGUGGAGUCCCCGGAUACUAUUCGAACCUAUGAUAGCGACACAUCAAGCGAAGAACGACCAUCAUCUCAACCCAUCAAAACCAAAAUACAGGCCAGGUUCCAAAUAGCCCGGCCGCCCCCAAAAUCAAGUCAAUUACUUCGACUCAGCCCCAAACUACUUCUUCAAAUCCAACAACUACCACCAAACCACCGACCAGUGCCAGUAUUAGAGAUAUGGCAGCCACCACUCCGCAAAUCAAAAUUGACAAGAAGUUUCCCUCAACGCCCAAAGCUCGGCACGAGGGAUAUCUACGCAACCCUCAAUGAACCAUAUAUCACCAAUAAACAGCCAGAUGGACAAGACCAUCCCCAAGAGCAAGAUCCACAUUCAAACGAUAUCCAAGAAAAGGAUAUCGUCGCUGCAAUGUGCCAGUCAAGCAGCAACACCCCAUCAUCAAUUCACUUCCGCGACUCAAAAUGCAUCUGGCAAGCUAGCGCCAGCUCGGCAGGACCUGAGAAAGGCACUUGUUACAGAUUCGUUAUUAAAAAAGAAGAAAAUACGACCGGGCCCGAGCAGUGUCGGAUGAUUAUGCAGUGGGAGAAACGGACACUUUCUGCAAAUGGGAAUGCGGCAUCUGGGUCUCCGGAUAAUGAACAGUUUGUUCUUAUGGCGAUUGACCGCAAGAUUCGUCGGAAGAGUCGCAUUGCUACGAUGACUCGGGACGGGUUUGAGAUUUUUGUGAGGAAGAGUUCCAUCUUGGAUCAUCUUCGGACUUGUUUGGUGUUGACGGAGCCGGUUUCUGGGGGCUCGGCGGAUUUCGAGACUUGGCUGUACUCUCUUGUGUUGACUUUGGGUGCCUCGGUGGCUUCUCAAGAAGGCUGGUUGGGUUGA